CUUUUAUUAACUCCACUUUCAAAGGAAAUAGCCUAAACUCUGUAGUGUGAAUUUUUUAAUUGUCUUUUUUUUUUUUUAUGUAUAUGGGUGAUCUGUCUGCAUGUUGUUAAGUGUACCACAUGCGAGGGGGUCAGAUUUCCUGGAACCGUAGUUACGGGUUCUUAGCUGCCCUGUGAGUACUGGGAUCCAAACCUGGGUUCUCUGCAAAAGCAACAAGUGUUUCGACCCACUGAGCCAUCUCUCCAGCUCCUUCAUUAGAAUUGUGAGGUAACCGUAAACAUGUAGAUACUUGUAAAGGGGGUGGGGGAGAGAAGGAAACAGAGAAAAGGAAAGAAAAGUGUUUACCCUUUCCCCCAGAUUCCUCCAUUUAUCACAGUUUUAGCAAUGUUAGACACCUGACAUUGAUAUACGCGUGUCACUAGAUGUCCCUAUGGAUCCUUUUAUUGCUACAGCUGCUCUCGUGUCUUUUAAUGCUGACAAGACUUACUCGGUGACUAAAACACAAAACUCAGGAUCUCGUAGACUACACAACACAGCUGGACAGCCGACUCCACCACUUCCGCCCAGGCCGACCAAUCGCCGCCCGAGGACCCGGCUACUUCCGGUCGCGGGGUUGACAAACCCCGGAAGUGUCAGCCCCGUUUCCAACGCCACUCGGGUCCGAGAUGGCGGAUCUCCACCGCCAGCUGCAAGACUACCUGAAGCAGGGGAAAGCGAGCAGGCCGGCGGCCGCAGAGCCGCUGCUCGGCGCGAAGGCAGCAGAGGAGCCUGAGGCCGGGGCCUGGCUAGGCAGCAGGGUUCUGCGAUGGCCGUGGGCACAGAGCGCUGCCGAGCCGCCACCCGCGGGCUUGCGCUGCCUCCCCAGCGUGACGCGAGGCCAGCGCCUGGUGGCGGGCGGCCUGUGUCUGCUGCUGGCCGCGCUCUGCUUCGGCCUGGCGGCGCUCUACGCGCCGGUGCUGCUGCUGCGCGCGCGCAAGUUCGCGCUCCUCUGGUCGCUGGGCUCGGUGCUGGCGUGGGCGAGCGCGGCGCUGCUGCGGGGCGGCCCGGCGUGCGGCCGCCUGCUACGCGGCGAGGAGACGCCCUCGCGGAGCACGCUUGGCUACGCCGCCGCCUUGGGCGCCACGCUCUACGCCGCGCUGGUCCUGCGCAGUACGGUGCUGACGGCGCUCGGCGCUUGCGCACAGGUAGCCGCGCUGCUCUACGCGUUGAUCGGGCUCCUGCCCUGGGGCGGUGUGACGGCGCUGCGACUGGCGCUCGGUCGCCUAAAUCGCGGGACUGGCCUAGCCAACGCGCUCCCGGUGUGACAGUCCCAGUCUCGAGGAAGAGGAAACCAGCCAGGCUAGGGACACUCCACUGUACCCAGGCCAACAAGGACAAGGCACCAACUGGACUGCGCGGCGGAGUCCGUGCGCUUGAAGCGGAUGUCAAGAACUGAUGCACCGGCGGCUUCAAGAUCCUUUGGCUUCAGUAUUGUGCGGUUCUGGGUCGCAUGGGCCACGAAAAUGUCUGAUUUAACAGUGCGCCUGGAGAUCACUAUCAUGAACUGCUUUUGCACUAAACUGGCUUUACACGGACGUCAGUUUUAGCGAGAAAAAAAAAAAAACGAAUAGCUUUCUGACUUAGCUGCUUUGGAAAGAACUACAUUCUACGUUAAAGAAAUGCAGGGGUAUGUUGGGUUUCAGUUCAGCGGCAGCUUUCCAGACCCUCCUUAUUUCCUAUUCACUGUAAAGCAAUCCAGAUUAUCAGAUUAAACAGUAAAUUUAACCACUGGCUUUAAAAUAGUGAUUAGUUAAUACAUUCUACCUCAGGGGUUUUCUUCAGUUAAGAAGUAAAUAUGGUGCUUUAUAAUAUUUAAGUGUAAAUAUUUACUUGUCAAAGCAAUAUUCUGGACCAAAAAGCCAGAUAUCCAGUAUGAUUGGCAAAAUUUGCAAAGGUUUCUGCAAAAGGAAUCCUGGGAUACAGGACAUUUUGACAUCUGCAGUUACUAUAGUUAUAAAUGACAGGUUUGCCAAGCUUUCAUGAUUCCUAACAUUUGCUGCUUGGUAAAAGUCCUACGUAGUUUGAUAAUGUUGAGUAAAAUGCUUUGCAUACGUAAAGUUCAGCGGGUAGUUUUUAUGGUGCUGGGGAGAAUCAGCACUUGAAUCUAUUGUAAUUUAUUGCCAGAAACACUAUUCAGUAUUGAGCCUGGAUGCCUUAGAAAGUAAAGGGUAUUCAACUUCAAACGUGGCACCAGUGGUUCUCACACUAGACUGGCACAUCAAAAGUACCCAAGAAGCCACAUCCCAUCAGUUCACUUACAAUACUGGUGGAUGGGUCCAGACAUUUUUUAUGUAUAAUAAUAUAUAAGGCAUACAUGUCCAGCUGAGGUUAAGACCCAUAUCUGAGCACUGGCUUGUACAAUGUGAAAGUAAUUGUUUCCCAGGCUGCUCCAAUGUUGCCUUAACAGGUUAGGUCAAACAGUGCCCCAAGAUGUGAUCCUAUACUGGCCAAUAUCCCGACUUCACAGAUUUCCAAGACAACUAGCCCUUAGUAGUCCUUUUGCUAUGCUCUCCUGGCAGUAAAUAGAGCUACCCACCUCUCUCAGGAAAGGAAAUGCUACUUUCAAGUAGUGAUAUGCAUUUUUUGUUAUUAUGUUCAAGAUAUUAAAUUGUUUCCAAUAUUGUCCCAAGAAUUCAUUACUUGAAAAUAUGUUUUAUAAAAUUCUAAACAGUUAUUUUAUAUUUUGACAGUAGUGCUAAAAAUGCUGUAUGUAGAUAUUUAAUGUCUAACGUAGAGGUUCUGUUUAUAAAUGAAUUCAUUCUCAAAACAUG